AUGACGCUAAAGCUGCCGCGGCAAACACUGUUUCUAGAGGAGGAGCUGGCGGAGCUGCUGGGGACGCACAUGGCUGGGUGCUGUCCCUGCCCGACAGGCCUCGGCAGCGCACCCAAGUACUGUCACCUGGGCCUCCCGCCCAACGACACAGAAACGGAGGAGGCAGCAGGCGGCGGCAGCGGCGAGGGCAGCAGCGGCGAGGCCAGCAGCGGCAGCGACCAGGCAGCCUCCGGCGGCGGCUCGGCGAAUGCCACAGCUGCAGCAGAGGCGGCGGGCGCUGCCGUAGCCAACGUCACGGCAGCAGGCGCCGUCAACGGCAGCAGCAACAGCAACAACGGCGGCAGCGGCCGCAUAGUGCCGCGGCACCGGCUGGCGGUACUGAUCCCGUACCGCGACCGCGAGGCGCACCUGGCAGUGCUGCUGGCGGCGCUGCGGCCUCACCUGGACCGGCAGAAGCGGGACCACGACGUCUUUGUCGUCGAGCAGGGUGAUGCCUACCUCUUCAAUCGCGGCCUGCUGCUCAACGCGGCGGCCCUGCUGCUGCAGGGCAGCAGCUACGACUACUUUGCUUUCCAGGAUGUGGACACCAUCCCUCUGGAGAAGGGAAACAUCCAGUCAGGCGCCGCUGCACCUCACACCUCACUGGCUGCAUCCCAAGAGCACGACUUCUUCGGCGGCCUGCUCAUCAUGACGGCAGAGCAGUUCUGGCGGGUCAACGGUUUCGGCACACAGUUCUGGGGAUGGGGCCGCGAGGACGACAACCUGCGGGAGCGGCUGGUGCAGGCGGGCAUGUGGCCCCCGCAGUACCCCAUAGCAGCCAAGGAGGCCGGCAGGCGCAGCAAGAGCGCUUACUUCAAGCAUCAGGCCCACCAGCAGGCCUCUGAGCUGCGGGCGGCGGAGGAUGCCAGCGGCAUCGUGCAGUACUUCCAAGAGAAUCCCAGGAUACCGUACCGCGGCGCCAAGAUCAUGAGCAGCCAGCCGCAGUUCCUGCGGGACUUCGACACCGGCCUGAACACCACCAUGGUGCUGGCCAUGCAGCCUUUCCUCAACGCCACCCGCCUCUCCCUACACCUUUACUGCAACAUCACCGCCACCCCCUGGUGCGAGCGCGGCGCCAUCGGCAAGCGCGUGGCUCCCGCGAUACGCCAUGCCGCGGCGGUGCACGCGGUGGUGGGAAGCUAG